AGAGGUAUUUAUUUCGUUACGGUGAUACGGCUUGACUUCAAUGUUUCUGAUCCAUCAAGAAAUCUCCACGGUCUGGAAGUGCUGAUAAAUCGCGCCUUCUGGCAUUAUCUAAGAUCCGUGAAACAUUUUCAGCUAUACCCAAGUGUCCUUUUAAACAGAACAUCACUACAGUUUGAGGUAAGUGGCACGUUAAUCAUUAGUCAUUAAUAGUAUAACGAAUUUUGUUAUUAAUUCGCUCAGUUUGUGAAAUGCUAAAUUCAGAAUGAUCUUAAAGAUUUCUCAGAAUCUCGUCCUAUCUUUAUUAUCUAAUGCGUUUCAAAGUCCUUUUUCCACUCUUACGAUGCAAUUCUUGAAUUCAGGAAUCUGAUUCGGAAUUCUCCUUUAACGCAUCUAAGGUGUCACGAAGCUGGAUGCAGCGCAUAAUCUCGGACCCAGAUCUCCCACGGCUAAGGGUAAAACAGAGUGAGAUCUGGGUACGAGAUUAUGCAGCGCAUAGACAAUUGUUUUUGCUCUGAUCUCAUGGGAUGAAAACUCAGUGCAGAGUGCCAUUAAACUACAAAUCGAUUGUAAUCAAUAAACUAGUAAUCAAUUAAUUCAUAUUAAUUCAUAUUUAAACUUUUUUUGCAGAAAGUCCCUGCCUCCGCAGUUACGAACUAUCUAGAAAUCUUACAGCCAAUCCACUUCACCCCUCAUAAAAUUCUACGCAAAUUGGACGAUAUACCAGACAAACACAAGGAAGCUCUCUCCGCUAUAUCUUAUGUGGGAUGUACUCUGUCCGCUUUGGGGCUCACUCUGUUGAUUUUGACCAUCUGCCUAUCUAGGUAUACAGUUUAGUGAACCGAUCUGUUUUCUAGGUUUAGUAUUUUGGUAACUUAUAACCCUUUGAGGAGCAAGGAACCGACUAGCACAGUCGGUUGAGGUGGUUUUUUGGGCGGGAUUACAAUUGUUAUUGUACAUGCGUGGUGGUCACAACAAAGAAAAAAUUAUGAUACAAGCUGAUGCCACCGUACUAAGAUAAUAGUUAACGAAAUGACCAAUCUCAAUGCCCAUAGUAUCCACAACAAUAAAACGGCGGCCAUGCAUGUUGCACAUGAAUCACCCUAUUUAUUAUACAAAAGCUUUUUUUGCAAUAAAGUUGUAAAGCUGCUAGCCAAAGCACGUCGAGAAAAACACUUCAUAGGGUGGGGAUUUAACUGAGUGAUUAUUUCUCUCUCAGGAAACUUCGCCGUCUUCGGCAAAAUCAGAUUCUGAUCUACUUGAGUAUGUCUCUGCUGGCAGCCAUCUUGCUGUUCACGUUUGGAAUCAAUGGCAUGACAGACUCUGACUCAUUGGACUUGUGCAAAGCUAUAGCCUCGCUACUGCACUAUUUCCUGCUUUCAUCCAUUGUCUGGAUGAGUAUUGAGGCUUAUAACCUGUAUCAAGACCUCGUUAAAGUGUUUGAUACGACACUUAUUUCACAGAAUGAGUUCAUGUGCAGGGCUGGAGUUGUAGGUUGGAGUAAGUUAAAAUCUUUUCUCUCAAAAAGUCGUGUAGUUAAAUCUUGCAAGUGGAAUUCUAAACGAUCAGUGGCUCUCAUGAACGCGAAAUUCAUCGUGCAGAAUAAAUACAUUAAAGUUAUACAUCAGCUUAGCUUGUUACUCGUUAAGCGAAUUAAUUUUGAGAGGCCAACUCUGUAUUAUGUAUAAACAGAUAAAGAAGAACAUAGCUAACAAACACGUUUUAGCGUGUUGAAAUAAAUAUAUAAAGGUGCGUCAAACGACUCCACUUUUGCGAAGAUAGGAAUCAAGAAUCAAGCUUCAAUAAAUUUAAAUAAAAUGCUUGGCGAAUAACUUGACACUGCUUAGGAUUAAAAAAAAAGCAUAUAUGAAUAUCCGAUUUUUUCUCAUCAUGUUAACUAAAGAUCAUUAGUAUUACCGCGCUUUGCCCGUUGCCACGGAAUGGUUUCUUUCAUUAUAUUACGUUAUAAGUUAAUUAAUAUUAAAUCUUAUUUAUCUCGCAGUCAUUCCAGCAAUAGUUGUAGUGAUAACCGUGCUGGCCGAGCCUGAUUCCUACGGCUUUCAUGUCAUGGACAAACAAAACAACGAAACACUGUAAGUUAUAUAGACUACAAGCACAGACUCUCGAAAAAGGGCACGCACAUAAUUUUUGCUUUAAAACGAAGUCCGUCUAUAGCUAGUGUAUCUGCGUUUAAUACAUUAAGUACAAUAAUAACAAUAAUAAUAAUAAUAUUAAUAGUAGUAAUAAUAAUAUAGUCGUACUAUGAGAAAAAUACAUGAACAAACAUGGCGAGUUUACAACUGAUGGCCAUCAACAGGUUAAAGUAAAUAGUAAAUAGUUACCAUUUAAAAAUUAGAGAAAAAGCAUCUAUUCACAAAAGCAUCUUUAAAACGACUUAAACGCUAAUUUUGCUAGCCUAAUUAAAUGUUUAUUGCUCGGCCUAAGACAUUUAAUAUUUCACUGAUGGACAUGAUCGAUCGAGUUCGACCAUAAAUGUUUCUUACGUCAGGAUAGUAAUUUAUAUCUCUCAAAUAAUAACAGCUACUACGCCUCCUUUUCAGAUGCUGGAUGGACGCCGAUGCGUUCUACGGUGCCUUUCUCGCCCCAGUCCUUCUCCUCAUGACAGUCAACAUCAUUAUAUUUCUGGUGGUGAUGAAAGAGAUUUACAACAUUCCAAACAUGUGCGAAAAGGCCAAUCGUUUGUCUCACUUCCGGGCCACAGUAUCGGUAUUUGUCCUUCUUGGCCUAAACUGGUUGUUCGCUGGUUUAGCGGCAACUGUCGGAACGUUGGUCUUUCACUACCUCUUUACAAUCACGUGCUCAUUCCAGGGCCUGUUCAUUUUUCUGCUGCAUGGAAUUAUCAAGAAAGAUUUCCAAGAAGCUUGGCGCUUGUUUACAGCGAAAAAUCGCGUCAUAGAGAUGUUCAGAAGCAGCAACUUGGGCACAAGUAUUAAGAGCAUGAGUUUUUCUUCCCAUAAUUCCUCGUCGGUGGCACCAAUAAGGCAACAUCCAAUUUCCCUUAGUGGUGGGGGCCAUGGGGAUUCUGGGAUCGAUAUCCAAGUGAACUCUAAUACGUUCAUAAAAGACAACAGAAGAGAAUCACUUAAACUCGGUUGA